AUGUCUGUCCCGCCUCCCGCGUCUCAUUGACAAUUCAAUCCCCACGCACCGUCCUCACCUCAACAGCUCUCGCCUCGCCAUGCCUCUCCCCGUCCUGCUCGCCCUGCUCUGCGCCCUACACGCUCCCGCGAGCUCCGCGUCCACGGAGACGUACUCCCUCUCGCCAGGCCAGUCGCUCGCCGGCGACGACAAGCUCGUCUCCAGCGGCGGCAAGUUCGCGCUCGGCUUCAUCCAGAUCCCAGGCAGCGAGAGCAACCCCUCCGGCUCCGGCGGCAACAACACUCAACUAGGCAUAUGGUUCAACCUCAAUCGUGUUCCCAAGCUGACACUGGUGUGGGUGGCCAACAGGGGAGGCGGCCCGGUGGCCGGCGCCGCCUCCCCGGAGCUCACGAUCUCCGGCGACGGCAACCUCGUCAUCGUGGACCGCGGCAAAGUCGCCUGGUCCACCCAAGCCGACGUCACAGCCAACAACAACAACAGGACGGUCCUCCUUCUCCUGGACACCGGGAACCUCGUCCUGCGCAGCGCCUCCAACGCCUCCGGCGUGCUGUGGCAGAGCUUCGACCACCCCACGGACACUCUGCUCCCCGGCGCCACCAUCGGGCUGGACAAGGUCACCGGCCGGAGCCGCCGCCUCGUCUCCAGGAAGAACCGGAUCGACCAGGCUCCGGGCCUGUACUCCAUGGAGCUGGGACGGAGCGGCGUCGUCCAGAUGCUGUGGGACUCGUCCGUGCCGUACUGGUCCAGCGGGGAGUGGAACGGCGAGUACUUCAGCUCUGUGCCGGGGAUGACCGCCCGCCACCUGUUUGGCUUCACGUUCGUCAACGACGACCGGGAGGUUUCCUUCGCCUACCACCUGCUCGACGAAACGAUCACCAUGUACAGCUUCCUGGACGUGUCCGGGCAGAGGAAGGUGUUGGCCUGGCACGAAGCUACGCAGAACUGGGCGACGGUCUACACCCACCCCACCGCGCAGUGCGAGGUACAUGCCGCCUGCGGGCCAUUUACAGUCUGCGACGACAACGCGCCACCGCCUUGCAGCUGCAUGAAGGGAUUCUCCGUGGAUUCGCCUGAGGAUUGGGACCUUGAUGAUCGAAGCACGAGCGGAUGCAGGAGGAACACUCAGCUGAAUUGUGAUAGCAUUAGUAACGGCACCAUGGUUGGCAUGUCUGACAUGUUCUACGCCAUGCCGGCCGUCAGAUUGCCCUAUAAUCCCCACAGCACCGCGGGACAUGUCACCGGCGCAGCCCAAUGCGAGCAGGUCUGUCUGAGCAACUGCUCUUGCACUGCAUAUUCCUUUGGAAGCGGUGGCUGUUCUAUGUGGCAUGGUGGAUUGCUGAAUGUAAAACAACACCAGAUUGAUGAUGCUUCCAGCGGCGAUGGGGAAAUUCUUCACAUCCGCCUCGCGGCAAAAGAGUUCCGGACCCGGAAAAACAACAGUGUAGUUGUCAUUUUGGGUGCCAUCGGUGCAGGCCUCAACGCUUUGGGUAUCUUGGUACUAAUCGUAGUGCUACGCAGGACCAGGAGGAACAAAAGGUACAGUGAAACAUUAGACAAAAUCCAUGGUGGUAGUGGGCUUGUUUCAUUCAGAUACAGCGAUUUGCGGCGUGCAACUAGAGAUUUCUCGGAGAAGAUUGGGGCAGGUGGUUUUGGUUCUGUGUUCAAGGGGUCACUAAAUGAUUCGACCACUAUAGCAGUGAAAAGGCUCUACGGUUGUUAUCAACAAGAGAAGCAAUUCAGGGCUGAGGUGAGUUCAAUUGGAAUCCUCCACCAUACAAAUUUAGUCAAAAUGGUUGGUUUUUGUUGUGAGGGCGACAAGAAGCUUCUUGUCUACGAACACAUGCCAAAUAGUUCCCUUGACGCCCAUCUGUUCAGGAGCAGUGCCAAAACUCUGAAUUGGAGAACCAGAUACCAAAUAGCUCUUGGAGUUGCCAGGGGGCUAGCAUACUUGCACGAAAGCUGCCUGGACUACAUCAUACACUGUGAUAUAAAGCCGCAAAAUAUACUUCUCGACGCGUUGUUCGUUCCUAAGAUCACCGACUUUGGGAUGGCAAAGCUUCUCACAAGGGAUUUUAGCAGGGUCAUGACCACAACCAGGGGCACAAUUGGGUACCUCGCUCCUGAAUGGAUCAGUGGAGUGGCUAUCACGCCCAAAGUCGAUGUGUACGGAUAUGGGAUGGUGCUAUUGGAAAUCAUAUCUGGGAGGAUGAACGCGAACGGAGAAUGCGGCAGCAGUGGUGAUGACAUUGUUUAUUUCCCCAUCCAGGUGGCACGCAAGCUUCUCGAGGGAAAUGUCAUGAGCUUCGUGGAUGAUAGGUUAAACGGUGAUGUCAUCGUCGACGAGGUUGAAAGGGCUUGCAAGGUUGCCUGUUGGUGCAUUCAGGACAGGGAGUUUGAACGGCCAACGAUGGGCAAGAUAGUCCAGAUUCUUGAGGGUCUUGUUGAAGUCGACACCCCUCCGAUGCCUAAGCUACUCGAAGCUAUCGCCGGAAGGUCACACUCAGCAUGCACCUAACCUGAGUAGAACUUGUCUGUUGAGCUUGCUACAGUCUAAUAAUGGAGCAUUUCUCAAGCACCCACUGGUUCGAUCAUCUAGCACCCGGUCGUCUGGUGAUCUCACGGUGAAGCCCUUCAUACAAUUGCAAGAUGGCAGCCUGUUAUCGUUGCAAAUUGUGAAAGGUCCGCAAAUUGCAUAGACAUCAUAGGCAUUGGGUUGGGGUCGGGCAAACAUUAGUACCCACAUUUGUGAGCUUUCUAUCCACAUAUAUGCCCAUGUAGCAGUCUCGAAGAAGCCAAGCGCGUACUUGCCGUUGUGGGAGACGAGCUUGUUGCCGCUGCCAAGUGGUUGGCGAGCUGAGAUGCUGUCCGUUCCUGCUACACCUGCAGUCUCUCUGCAACUGCAAACUCACUUCUCCCUCAGUUCAUCGUGCUGGCGCAACACCAAAACAGCAGACAGAGACAGGAACAGAUUGAUGUAGAGUUUAUUACUUCCCUGAAUUUAACAAAACUGAAAAUGAACAAGUUUUGAGACUAACCGAGGGAGGCUAUUGAGUGUCAUUUGAGUUGACGUGUUGGCGUGUUGCUACUACUAGUGGAUGAAACCCAGUGGCAAAUUAACACUUGUUUUCUGAUGUUUCUUACUGCCCUCUCGGCGCAAAUUGGUUGUUACUGUUUGGUGAUGUAAAUAAUCCAAUUUUGAAGGGUCAAACUUGCAGGGGUAAAAUAGACGUGGCGUCAGUCAAGCAAAUUUUGGCUAGGUGGAGUUUUGUUACAGAUUAAUUUUCCGAUCCGACAUCUCUUACGUGGGGGUUUGACCGAUGGCAUUACUAUGGGUGAGCAAAGCUUG